AUGCCCAAAACUUCUGAAAUUUGCGUGGCUAUUGCGGGCGCCGCCGGUUCUCUCUUCCCCCUCCCCUCUAACUACUACUACUACUACUACUACUACUACUACUACUACUACUACGACUACUACUACGUCUACGACUACUACUACUACUACUACCACCACCACCAGCAGCAGCGCUGCCUCCACCUCCUUCUUACUUUUCCCUCCCCUUCCUCUUUCUUCUGGUUAUUUUUGCUCUUUGGCCUGGCUUUUUGA